AUGCACGGACAAUCAGCCAUCGUUGAAGAGGUGUUGAGGAUGAAUCCACGUCUAGCUCGGAUUCCAGACUCCCAGAAAUCAUCGCCUCUCCACAUCGCAGCAGCAGAAGGGCACGUCAAGAUCGCCUCAGAACUGCUAUCAGUUGCCCCGGAGAUGUGCUGGUGGCGCGACGACCAAGGCAUGAACCCGGUUCAUGUUGCCGCCAUGAACGGGCAUGUCGAGUUAGUCGAGCAUCUCCUUGGAGAGAGUUGUUUGCCUGCUAUGGAUAGGCUGCAUCGCGGGCAGACUGUGUUGCACCUGUGUGUGAAACAUGGUCAGUUUAGGGCGUUGAAGGUUUUGGUGGAGAAAUUGGGAGAGCUUGUGUGUGCAAAGGAUGAUGAUGGCGAGACAGUCUUGCAUUUGGCCGUCAGGUGCAAUCAAACUAUACAAUACUUGGUGGAUAACAAAACCGUGGAGAGGCAAACACGAAACUCGAUGGGCAAAACAGCGCUGCAAGUCUUGAACGAGAGCCUUCCACACACAGCUACCUACACAAAAAUCAAACGAAUCUUGAUAAAUUUAUCAAACGAAUCAUAUUUCGAAGUUCUUCAUAAGAUGACCGACGUCACGAUGGUGGUGGUGAUCCUGAUCGCCACCAUGGCGUUCCAGGCGGCCAUGAGCCCCCCGGGCGGCAUGUGGGAGCACGAAACGCUGUCACACAGGGCCGGCGAGGCCGUGCUGGCGUCGACGAAUCCCACGAUGUACAGACACUUGGUGCGCGCCAACACCACGGCCUUCGUCUCAUCUCUCAUCACCAUCUUCCUCAUCACCACCGGCCUCGCGUCCACCAAUUUUUUCUUCAUGUCGGCGGCCGUGUACGCGACGUGGGUGUCGCUGUCGGCCAUCGUGAUCAGUUAUGGAACUUCUGUGGCGGUGAUCACACCUAAGAAUAAGGCCAUGAAUCUGAUUGUGACAUUGUUGGCGGUGGAUUUGAACACUUUUGGAUUGAUAUUGGCGUAUGUUGUUAUAAGGAAGCUGUACUUGACGUGGAAGACGAAGAAACGGCAACAGCAAGAUCUCACAGCCGAUGCUUUCGUCCGCCGCGUCUUCUAUUGGAUUUUCCAUCAGUUGGAGACGCGGGUGUUUUUGAGAGGCGAUCGUUGA